UUUCUCACAAGUGACAACCAUUUUGGUGGGAAAAUUCAGGAGUUUAGGUCCCAAACAUUUUUUUCUGUUUCUGUAAAACAAAAUCAACUGGAAGGUCCUAUUCCAAAGUCACUCCUAAACCAGCAGCGCCUAGGAUUUCUUCUCCUAUCGCAAAAUAAUUUCAGUGGACAUAUUUCUUCAACUAUCUGCAAUCUAAAAACCCUGAUGGUCCUAGAUUUGGGAAAUAAUAAUUUGAAUAGAGCAAUUCCACAAUGUUUGGGGGAGAUGAGUGCUGUUUUGGUUUUGGAUUUGAGCAACAACAAUCUUAGUGGGACAAUUAAUACAACUUUUAGCACUGGAAACUCACUGGACAUCAUUAAAUUGGACGGGAAUAAGCUACAGGGGAAAGUCCCACGAUCUUUGAUCAAUUGCAAGUAUUUGAAACUCCUUGAUCUAGGCAACAAUGAAUUGAAUGACACAUUUCCAAACUGGUUGGGGACCCUACCUGAUUUGUUGAUUUUAAGCUUGAGAUCAAAUAAGUUGCAUGGUCCCAUUAAAGUUUCAGGAAACAGAAACUUGUUUUCGCAGCUUCAAAUUAUGGAUCUAUCAUCCAAUGGAUUUGGUGGGAAUUUACCAGCAAGUCUUUUUGGGAAUUUGCAAUCCAUGAAGAUAAUUGAUGAGAAUACAAGAACCCCACAGUAUGUAGGGGAUGAAUUUAGGCGUUAUUAUGAUUAUGUGACGACAAUUACAACAAAGGGACUGGAUUUUGAUUUUGUUCGAAUUGUGACUACAAACAUGAUUGUUGAUCUCUCAAGGAAUAGAUUUGAAGGUGGCAUUCCAAGUAUUAUUGGAGAUCUUGUUGGACUUCGUACGUUGAACUUAUCUCAUAAUGGCUUGGAAGGUCUUAUACCAGCAUCACUACAACAUUUAUCUGUACUCGAAUCAUUGGAUCUCUCAUCUAACAAAAUCGGCGGAGCAAUUCCACAACAACUUGUAUCCCUCACAUUUCUUGCAGUCUUAAAUCUCUCUCAUAAUCAUCUUGUUGGAUGCAUCCCCAAAGGAAAACAAUUUGAUACGUUUGAGAAUAGUUCAUACCAAGGGAAUGAUGAACUACGUGGAUUUCCACUCUCAAUAGAUUGUGGUGAUGAUGAUGGGGUACCAGAAGUGACAACUCCAGUAGAGCUAGAGGAAGAAGAAGGAGGAGAUACACCAAUGAUAAGUUGGCAGCAGUGGCGGAGUGGCUCUGCCACUGGUUGGCAGGCGGUUCUCAUAGGUUACGGUUGUGGUUGUGGACUAGUUACUGUACUAUUCGCAAUAUACAUAAUGCUAUUAACGCAAUAUCCAACAUGGUUUUCAAGGAUGUUUGAUGAAUUGGAACACAGAAUUAUUACGAGAAUGCAAAGGCACAAGAAAAGGAAUUAGUGUGUAACCUCCAGGUGUUCAACUUAGAUCUCUAUACAGAUUCUUUUGGUUCGACUUAUUAGAUAUUAGCAUUUCAUUUGAUCUGUUUUUUUGUUAACUAUGAAUUGACAUAUGCUCUAGUCUUUAUAAGGCAUUUUCUUAAAAUAUUUUUGUUGCCUUAUUGUUCUAUUUAACUAUGACAAGGGAUCUAGAUGUUUUACAAUCCAUACAUUUUAUCUUUCAGAAGAUUAUAUUGUUUAUACAUUUUAUGUUUUCUAGCUCCUAAGUUCAAUUCUACAUUUUUUAAAGUUGCGGGAUUCAAGUCUAAUAAGUUGCUGGAGAUGCAAAUAAAAGCUUUUACUUUCAUAGUAUGUGAUGUUUCAUAAAGUAUUUGUUUCCCUAUGGCUAUGAAUAAAGCCUGGGCUUUUCUUCCUCUGAGACUCAACCAGAUUUUGUUUCCAUUUGUCUUAGGCAGUAGAAAUAUCUUCAAGCCUAAUUAUUAGUUAACUAUCUCCCAAGGCCUAUUCAACUCAUAAACAGAAAUCGGACACAAACAUGAAUCUUUAGAUCAUUUAGUUGGAUGAUAUGUGCCAUCACUAAAAACAUUGUAUUUCACUCACCUCUUCCACAUAACAUCAUAACACAGACAUAGAACAGAUGACUUUAAGUUCAAAAAAAAAAAAUCUGUGGUUACUGAGUUUGAAAAUACUUUUAUACAGACUAAUGAUGGUAUUUCAUCAAAAGAUUAAAGUAACAUCAGGAAACCAUGGACCAAAGCUGCAGUCUGUUCUCUUAACUAUCUUAACUUUUUUCAUUGAAGCGACAGAAAAAUGCCCAACUGGCGUAUCAUGAGAAAGAGACUUAUUCUCAGAAAUGGGAAUCUCUUGGUCCAUAACUCAGAAAAUCUAGUGUCUAACACGGAGUCAUGGUUUCAAAAAAAGAAUCUUCUGUUAAUAUAAUUAAAUGAAUUCAGAACUACACGCUAUAGGGGCAGC